UUGUGUUUUUGUUAGAAUAGAAUAAUAAUAAUAAUAAAUUGGUGGUUUUUCGUAUAAUUUUAGAAAAUCUAACUUAACUAAUAACGAAAAUUGUUUUUAGACUGAAGCAGUUAAGUGGCAAGUAAAAUUAAGACGUACAGUUGAUAAGAAGUUCCAAGGUUGACCAUUGUUGACAGAAUCACAUCUCAAAUAAUUAACAUAAAAUGCAGUAAUUGAUUCUUAAAUAGUUGCAUAUGAGUAACAAAUUGUUCACGUACUUCCCCAAAUAGUGGCGAUUAAUCGCAAAGGGAUGUAACUAUCAAAGGGAAAUACCUUUCAAAUCAUCUCCAUCCAAAAAUCAUACUUUUUACAAAUCGACUCUUAUUAAACCAAUUUGACCAUGUUGUUAAGUGUAUUAGUGGUGCUGGGGCUACACCUAAUAAAUUCUUGCCAUGCAGCAAUAUAUACAGCAAGAUUUAUGUCAGAUUUUUACUUUGAAGAAUUUCCAGAUGCUUCAGCUAGCUUCGGAUAUGAUCUCUCAAAUGGAUCUUUGCGUGGAAUGCUUGUCAACGCGAAUCCACCCAGUGCCUGUGACGACACCCUCAGUCCACCCCCGGACGUUAACAACAUAAUCGGGAGAUGGUUUGUGCUUGUGCCCAGAUAUACCCAGGAACAAAACUGUACCUUUGAACAAAAGGCUCGUGUGGCCCAACAAAAAGGAUAUGACGCUUUAAUAGUAUACAACGUUGGAUCAGAUCAGCUAGUGCCUAUGUCAGCGGAGAAUUCCACAGGAAUUGAAAUAGCGGCGGUGUUUAUCAGUCAAAAAACGGGACUUCUGAUGAAGAACGUUUACACCAAUCCAGAAUAUUAUCUGAUCAUCAAUGCGGACACACCGUUCAAUAUACAGACUCACCUUCUGAUACCGUUUGCGAUAUUCGUCGGACUCUGUUUUAUAGUGAUGCUCAUAUUUUGGAUAAUAAGGUUUGUGAGAGAUAGAAGGAGACAAAGAAGAAACCGUUUGCCGAAAUCGCAAUUGAACAAGAUCCCUACCUGUAAAUUUCAAAAAGGUGACCGAUACGAAACCUGCGCGGUUUGCCUUGAAGAUUACGUGGAAGGAGAGAAACUUAGGGUGCUGCCAUGUAACCAUAUGUACCAUAUUAAAUGUAUAGACCCAUGGUUAACAAAAAACAAGCGGGUAUGUCCGAUCUGCAAACGCAAAGUGUUUGCGCAUGACGAAGUACAUUCAGACUCCGAUUCCGAAAGUGAUUCUGAUACGACUCCGUUAAUUCGACCCGAUAAUAGAGGGACACAAGGAGGCACUUUUUCGGUGGAACAAGAAAAUCCAUUCAGACGAGCCGAACGUUCGAUAUCGCAAGUUUUAGAGCGACAUCGUGAUUUUGUCGUCGACGACGUUUCGCGAAGCAUCAACGCCGAGAGGCAGAGCGUCGAUAGUACACAGUCAACGGAUACCAGCGCUAGCGACUCCAUCGGAAGGGCCGGCGGAUCUUCCACAUCUAAUCCCGAGUAUAUGUUCGCAAAUUGUACGGAAUCCGAUAGCCAUAAUUAUAUACCUGCCGAAAACCCCGCGAUAGUUAAUCCGGAGGAAGACGACGUCGACAAUAACUUUCACGGCGACAUUAUCGUUUAAUUGUUAUUGUAUAUUUGAGUGAAUUGAAUCUAGUCGGCUUAGAAUUAUUUUUUUUGACGUGCAUCGUGAACGACAAAAUAUGUUAUCACUUAGACAUUAUCUUUCGGAUCUCUUUUAAGAAAUUAAAUGGACUCGAAUGUUAUGUCAUUAUACUGAUUGUAAUGAGACAAAACAGGCAAGAGGUGCUAUAUGCAAUAACCUUAAUGGAAAAUAUGUAGCCUUAAAAAUGUUUUAUAAAGGACAAAAUAUACCUAUAGUAACAUGUAAGUCGUGCCAAUAUGAAAUCUGAAGGUAGAAUUAAGGAUGUAAAUAUUCAUAUAUUAAUAUACGUUUUUAAUCAG